UUUGUGUGUUUAAAUGCCUUAUAAUACAUUAAUACCUAUAAAUAUUCGCAGUUAUUCGCCAUGAUUUAAGCGUAAUGACCCAUGGAAAUUUGACAGACGGUAGUACUAUUAUAGUAUAGAAACAGACAUCGUCGUCGACUUAAUAACGAAGUUAACGAAGCGACUCGAUAAGUUAACCGCGCGCAUAUAGCUGCAUAAUACAGCAAGUUCACAGCCACGUUCGGUAUAUACACGUGUUAUUUUUGAAUCUAUAUUAUAAAUUAAUAUUUUUGACACAAUUGUGAGAUUAUAAUAAUAAUAUUGUCAUAGAAGACUAUUUAAAAAUAUCUCUUCAGGUAGUUAAAAUGAAAACUGUAAGCUAUCCGCCGUCCAAUCGUUUUUUUCGGUCGUCACUUUUUCGGCAUACUAUUUUGUUUGUCGGUUUACUAUUGUCGCUUACCAACAUAUUGCAGACUACAGAGAUCACCACUGAAACUCCGUCAUACCCCUGGAACAUUUACAAAAAUGUCACCAUGUCCACCGUUGAAAUAAUCAAGGAAAAUGGAUACGCAGCCGAGACCCAUCAUGUCAUCACGGAAGACGGUUACAUCCUAGAAUUGCACCGAAUUCCUUGUAGCAAAAACGGACAGAAACCAACCAAGAACCAUCCUGUAUUCUUCCAUCACGCCUUUCUCUCGAGUUCGGCUGGAUGGGUGCUCGGCGGGGCCAACACAUCUCUGACUAUGCAACUAGCCGACGAUGGAUACGACGUGUGGUUGGCAAACAGUCGUGGUAACACUUAUAGUAGAAAACACGUAUCAUUGAACUACAAGCAAAAGGCUUAUUGGAAUUUCAGUUUACACGAAAUCGGAACAUACGAUUUGCCGGCUGCGUUUGACUAUAUCCUGAUGAAGACAAAUACCUCGCAACUCCACUACAUAGGUUAUUCAAUGGGUACUACUGUGUUUUUCGUUAUGGCUGCGGAAAGACCUGAAUAUCAGUCCAAAAUCCGAUCGCAAAUAAGUCUCGCACCGGUAGCAUAUUUCUCUCAUACGAGGUCACCGAUAAAAUACAUUGCUCCAUACGCGAAAAUGAUGAACAUUGCUUACCAAAGAAUAUCGAACGGAAUGGUUAUGCCGCAGACGACGAUGAAAAUGAUUUUCGCGUCAACCGUUUGUGGAGGAAAAAUGACGCAAAAACUGAUAUGCCAAAGGGGAAUCAUUUUUUUCAUCUGUGGCAGCGACCCACAACAUUUUAAUACCAAAUUAAUUCCGCUGAUCAUGGGACACUAUCCGUCGGGAACGUCGUCCAUGGUUCCCGAACAUUUCGCGCAGAUCAAAUUGAAAGACGUUUUCGGUCGGUACGAUUACGGUCCGGCCAUAAACUUGGAACGGUACAACUCUACCGAGCCUCCCGUGUACGAUCUGACAUCAAUCCAGGUGCCUAUCACAUUGAUGUAUGGGAAAAAUGACUUAGUGGCUGACGUCCGGGACGUGAUGAGACUGAAAUCGCAACUCCCCAGACUGAUAGACGCCGUGAUGAUCGACAACCCGUACUGUAACCACGUGGAUUUUUUAUGGAGCUUAAAAGUCAAUGAACACGUAAACGAUCCGAUCAAGGAAACGCUGCGUAAGACCGACGAUGUGAACUGGAAGUACUCAGGACCAAAUCCCCCGAAAUCAAAGGACGUUCUCAGUGUCGGCGGUAAUGUUAGCGAUGGCUCUAUCGGUGGCAGUGGACAUAUCAAUAUCAGUGGCAGCGCAAGUGAUGUCGGUGUCAAUGGUUUUGUCAAUAUCAGUGAUAGUGGAAAUAUCAAUAUCACUGACAGUGGACAUUUAAAUGUCAGUAACAGUACAGACGACGACAGUGGACAUCUUAAUGCCAGUGACAGUGCAGGCGAUGUCAGCAGCAGUAACAGUAUCAAUGGACGUGAAGGUGCCGGUAGCAGCUCCAAUAUCAGUGGCAGUGGUGUACUAUCCGAUUUGGAUUACUUUGCGAAAAACUUAGGAAAAAUAAUCGCUGAUACCAUGCCGAAAUCGAUGGACCGCGAGGGUGACGCAGUCGUCUUCGAACGGGAACGGGCGUUGCAAGAGACACUGUUGGCGGACGCCAUUGAGUUCGUCCGGUCGGUCCAAAAGAAGUAUGACCUAACCCUAACCGGUCCGGUGCUCGCUUGGCAAAAAUCGUCGACGCGUGCUACAGACCAUAGGAAAACCGAACAAGUCGUCGCAAGCUCGAACGACGCUCUGGCCGACGAACAUCGAGCGCCCGGAUAAAGUUAGAGAUUUCGUCUUCAGUAGUGCCCGUCGAAAUAAAACUACACAUAAUAAUACAAUAUAAUAUAUUAUAAUAUACUAUAAAAACAAUAACAACCCAAGUAGAGAGGUUGUAAGUAUAUAGAUAUACCUAUGUGGCUAUGUAUAAUAUGAAUAUGGCGUGUUAACGGGGAAAGAAUCCAAAAUUGUGAUAUUUAUAUAGGUAGUAGGUACGUCAAAGUAUAAUUUCAGAAUAUAGUUUUUUUUUUAAUAGUAUUUUAAAUCUUUGACAUCACACGACUAACACAAGUUAUUUUUCUUGGACGUUGUGGAUCAACUGUGGAUUUAUUAUCUCGGUAAUAACUUUUUUCGGAAUUUUUCAGAAAGGCUAAUACAAAUUAUUGUUUGUAAUUGUGACUACCAUACAAAAAAAGAGAGAAUGUAAAUAUGCCACUGCGUUGAGUUAUAGCUUUUUAUUUUAUCUAAAAUAGUUAUUAUAUAUUUUUCUACUCGCGUGUCACCUCGUUACAACGUUCGCAAAUAUCAUUCUAACCUUUAACCAUCGAAUUUCAAUUAAUACAUUUUAUAAUAUUAUUAUUUAAGUAAAAUAAAUAGUACUGCGUACACAGACGACUCGGUAUUAUAUAAUUUAUCAAUAUCGUUUUAAGUGUAUACUGUAGAACGGGUGUGGCAUAAUGAGCUCAUUGUUUAUUUAUCGUCAUAUUAUACAGGUAGCUACUUAAAGUAAAAUGAAAUUAUGCAGUUGCACAUUAUAUGCAGUUUCUGUACAGAUUAGUAAUAACAAUUUAGAAGUUUAAAACCAUCUUAUUAACUUUUAAAUUUGGAGAAACUUAUGUGAAAUUUAAAAAAUAUUUCUUAGGCAGUGAUUAUACAUAAUAUGUUGAGAGUGAAUAGUUUGAUCUGUUAAGUAGAUAGCAUGGCCUGUACCUAUACAUUGUAUAAUUAUGUAUAUAUUCAUAUAUUGGUUAAACUUAAAAGUUGUACAGAUAUUAUAUUUUCGAUUAAAAACAAUGUCCACACGAACAACGCUAUUUAUUCAAUUGACCUCGACGUGAUACGACAAAUAAUGCCAUAUUUUAUAGACUAAUAUUGAUAAUAGAUUUAUUUAUUGUUUAUCGUGUUUAACGGCCAUCGAAUUUUUAUUAUACACUAAUCGGUGUCUAAAUCGUCAUAGAGGUGGUAUGAUUUGUUUUUUAUUUCCACGUGUAGAACGUAUAGGUCACUAUAAUUUUUUCCGUGACAGCAGUAAAUUAUAGGAUUUUCAUAUAUUUAUUUUUUUUUAACACACGGCAUUUAAAUGACCACAUAUCUAUUUAUCUUAAGAAAAUAAUACAUCGUUGAAGUUAUUAAUGAAUAAUGGU